AUGAACUUAUCCUUUGCGGGUUGUGGUUUUCUAGGCAUAUAUCAUGUCGGAGUUUCAGUGUGUCUCAAAAAAUAUGCACCUCAUCUUUUGUUAGGGAGUAUUUCUGGUGCCUCAUUUGGUGCUGUUUCGGCUUGCUGCUUGCUCUGUGAUCUGCCAAUAGGAGAAAUCACAAGUGAUGUCUUAAGAAUAGUAGGCGAAGCGAGGGCGGGAUCCCUCGGCCCCUUCAGUCCCUCAUUCAACAUACAAAAUGUUCUCCUCGAGAGCAUGGAACGGUACUUACCAGCUGACGCACACAAAAUUGUUAGUGGAAAGCUCCACAUUUCAUUAACGAGAGUCUACGAUGGAAAGAAUAUAAUUGUAUCUAAAUUUGCGACCAGAGAGGACUUAUUACAAGCUUUAUUAGCGUCAUGUUUCGUGCCAGUAUUUUCGGGGAUGCUCCCUCCCAAGUUCCAUGGAAACCGUUACAUGGACGGUGGCUUCAGUGACAACCUUCCAGUGUUGGAUGAAAAUACAAUUACCGUUAGUCCGUUCUGCGGGGAGAGUGAUAUUUGCCCGAGAGAUUUGAGCUCACAAUUAUUUCACGUAAACUUAGCGAACACAAGCAUAGAGCUGUCAAAGCAGAACAUGAACCGUUUCGCCCGUAUUCUGUUUCCUCCUAAGCCAGAGGUAUUGAGCAAUAUGUGCAAACAAGGCUUCGACGACGCGCUGAGAUUCCUUCAUAGGAACAACAUGAUUACUUGUACCAGAUGUCUUGCAGUACAGUCGACCUAUCAAUUGCAAGAUGUCUUGGAUGAUACUACUUUUGAAUACGACCCCGACUGUGAGGAGUGCAAGACGCAUAGAGAGAACGCAUUAGUUGACGACCUUCCAGACACAGUGAUGACGAUAUUCCAAAAUGCUAUAGACUCCGCCAACAAUGGACUUGUGAACUGGGUGAUGCAGCAGCGCGGUAUGCGGGCUGUCUCGCUGCUCACGCUGCCCUAUAGAAUACCCGUCGACGUCAUGUACGCUACAUUCACCAACUAUGUCGGUGGUAAUGUAGAGACACACGCUGAACAGUACACAGUGGUGGGGAAUGUCCGGGUGAUUAGGAAGAGGUGUGUCCGACACAACAAUACCAUGACUAGAUUCGUAGCGUGCACCCCGAAGAUGAGCAAAUCCCUAUGGAGGCUCAGUUGGCGCAUCAUCAGGCAACUCCACGGCUUCCUGUACUCUGCCCACGAUCGCUCCGAAGUAGCUAGAGUUUAUUAUAAAUUAACAAUGGACAAGGACGAACAUAGACUGGAUAAAAGACGUGCCAGCCAGCUCUGCGUGACGUACGGUGACCGUGACAUACCAACCGAACCAGACACCUUUGAACACAUCCUGAAUGUUACCAACCACAAUGACGCACUACUAGCCUACUACUACCUCGACAGUGACAAUAAGAUGAAAAUGACAGAGAUCUAUGACGUGACGGACGCGGACACGGACGCAGUGCAGUCGCCCACCGAGCGAGAUCUCAACAAACAGCUGGAGUUCGACAACGACUGGUCCGGAGACUUAAUGGCUGAUGAUCAAGAUGAAAUAGACAUAGAAGAGGAACUAGAUCGAAACAUCUUCUCGGAUCCUGAAAGCGAAUGGAGGUCGAGGGCGAAGUCCUAUUCGAUAGACUCAGCAGCCUCCAGCGAAAGUGAUCAGCCGGAGUCCGAUAGACCUAUAACCUUUAUGCAUGCUGAAUGA